GUAACGAUCGAGGAUUUUGGACCUUUAUAUGCAGAAGGAUUCAUUCGAGAUGACGUUCAUGAAGAAGUUCUUGCAAAAGACAGGUGCUCUCGACUUUGUCCGGUCGUUUGAGGACCGCUUCAUGGACAAGCCAAGCCAUUUCGCCUUCUUGAAUCGCUUUUUGGACAUCGUGCAGCCGAUGAAGCAAACUGGUGACACUACGAGUGGUGCGUUCGAUCCACACAGAUUUUUUGCGCUGUCGACCAGUACUGAACAGGCCACUGGAGGCGAGCCGCUACCACCAGAUGCAUACCCGUUAGAUUUUGCACCAGCAACGUUUAUGCCUGACCCAGUGUAUAAUUUCCUUCUUGCCUUUUAUCGAUCCGUUUAUGGCACCCAUCUGGACCAUUACAGAGAUGCGCAGGGUAGCCGGGUGUUUGUGAACAAUCGUUAUAACAAGAUGAAGACAAUCACCAUUAUGGGUCAGCUCUAUAGGAGCAAAGAAGCAAGAUCGCGGCGUGGUGUGCACGCACAGGUGCUGUAUGAAGCAGAAGAUCGAGGGGAACCGAUCGCUUGGCUGUGCGAAAUCCAGUACUUCUUCCGCCACGAGUUAAAGAUCGACGCCCAGCUCAAAGAACAUGUUUUUGCCUUUGUUCGCUGGCAUAGCAUUUACAGCAGUAAUGAGUCGUUGUUCGUGGAUGAAUAUCUGAAGACAUGGCGUAGCCACUUCCUUGCUGAGGACAUGCACUGCAUCGUGCCCAUUCAUCGUCUGUAUAGUCAAGUGGCAGUUGUAAAAUACGGCGAUCAAACGCACGCAAAUGGUAGAACAGUCGUUAUUCCGUUGCCUAAAAAGAUGUUGGCGUAAAACAAAGAGAAGCAAUUUUUUCUCCUCCCCCUCCUCAAAAUUAUCUUUCUCUU